AUGCAGGAUUCACCCGGCUCUCUGGUGAUGGAUGGAUACUCCAGCAAUGUGCCAGCCUUCCUAACCAAACUCUGGACGCUGGUGGAAGAUCCUGAAACGAACCAUCUCAUCUGCUGGAGCAGUAAUGGCACCAGCUUCCAUGUGUUCGACCAAGGACGCUUUGCCAAAGAGGUGCUGCCCAAGUAUUUCAAACACAACAACAUGGCCAGUUUCGUCCGGCAGCUGAACAUGUACGGCUUCAGGAAGGUGGUGAACAUCGAGCAGGGGGGUCUCGUCAAGCCCGAGCGGGACGACACCGAGUUCCAGCACCUCUGCUUUCUGCAGGGCCACGAGCACCUCCUGGAGCACAUCAAGAGGAAGGUGUCGGUCGUGAAAAGUGAGGAGACCAAGAUGCGCCAGGAGGACCUCAGCAGGUUGCUAUACGAGGUACAGAUACUGAGGAGUCAGCAGGAGAACAUGGAGUGUCAAGUGCAGGACAUGAAGCAGCAAAAUGAAGUUCUUUGGCGGGAAGUUGUUUCUCUCCGACAGAACCACUCACAGCAACAGAAAGUGAUCAACAAGCUGAUUCAGUUUCUGUUUGGCCAGCUCCAAUCCAGCCCCAGCAGCACCGGGAUAAAGAGGAAGCUACCUCUGAUGCUUGACAACGGGAUCUCAUCUCCUCAAGUGUCCAAGGUCAGCCGGCAUUUGUCUACGGACCCCCUCCAUGACCCCUAUUUCAUACAGUCGCCAUCGACAGAACCUGCCUCUUGCUUAAACAGCCCUGCAAUUGCUGGAGGACCCAUCAUAUCUGAUAUUACUGAAGCAUCACCUUCCAACAUAAUAAAUAUGCAAUCCCCUCCUGAAAAUGACAGAGAGAAGUGCCUCAUGCUGAUCAAGGAAGAGCCAGUCAGCCCUGGAGUGAAAGCCACCGCUGAGCCUGAUGUGCCCCUGCCAGGCUGCCGGGCUUGCUCUGAGCCCCCUGUGCUCCCGGUUGCCAUGGUUCAGUCUGUUUUGGAAGGCAAAGGGAGCUGUGGUGCAGCCCCACCGGGGACCGCGCAACCAUCCGAGAGAAGAGGCAGAAGGGCAUUGCUGGACAGAACAGAUAUUUCAGACCCGUUGGAGGGCACGGACUGGAGCUUGGAGGGGCUGCAGCUGCUGCUGAGGAGCCAGCAGUACGGCCUGGAGCCCGCCAGCCUCUUGGAUGUCUUUAAUCCUAAUUUAUCUUUGAGUGAGUGGAAUUUGACUGAAAUGGAAGCCAGUCUGUCCCCGAUGCAGCGACUCACAGUGGAUCUGGAGAAGAAUGCAACUGAGCUGUCCUCAAAAGCGUUCACCCCACCGUUUAACAACGCCUGCCCAGGGAAAAAUGUCAUUCUUGAAAGCACCCAGCCGUUCCUCAUGGAUCGUCAGUCCAUCUUUGGAAACGACCUCAUCAGCUUGCCUGAAAGUUCAUCGCUUUAUGUUCCAUCUGAAAACAUGGCUUCCUACCUGUCCUCUGUGGGUGUCCAAGGGGAUAUCCCGUUAAACCUGAGCUCUUCAACGGACAACAGCCAGUGA